AUGAAUGCCGAGAAGUACUUAAAGAAAGUAGGACUGGGCAAAGAGGACUACUACUUCUGGAAACAAAUUGGCAAAGCUCUGUUAUGCAUGUACACGAUAUUUGGUGCCGCCUGGCUCUACAACGAAACAUCACCGCUGGGUUGGUGGACGCUGAAGCCUCGGCCCAAGGAAGAAAGAGAAUUAGCCCACCUCUAUGAGCGGCGAGAGUUUCCAUAUCCGGGUGAUGAAGAAGCAAUGCAAGAAUUCAUUGCCAAAGGGGGCAUGGUCGGCACCACAAUCGGUCCAAAGGGGUAUAUUGAAACGGAUAAGGAUGCGUUUAACUAUCAGAAGGAGUUGCAGAACAAGAAGUUCGAGCAAGAAGCUCAGAAGUUGUGGCUGAGAAUGAGGAAUGAGGUCAUUCAGGAGCUUCAAGAGAAGGGGUAUGAUGUGGAGUGAGCUUUUGUUCCGAGUUAUCUCAUGUAAGUAAAGCUUGAGUGAAUGCUGAAUGGGUUUCUGAAACAUUAAGCGCUGUUCUAUUUUAUAUAUUGAAAUGAAGGCUUAAAUAAAAUUUGAAUGGUUUUGUAGAACUCUAAUCGUUAUAUGAACAACCCAUUAUUUUUCCCAGCACAAGGGUGCGAGAGCAGUCCUGCUGCAGUUAGGGUUAUUUCAUGUCUAAGAAGAAUGUUGCCCCAAGUGGUCUAAAAGUAAAAGAGUAAUAUUAUACACCACAUUAUCAUCUUACUUUCAUUCUACUAAAUAAGGUAUGACACAUUCAUCACCAUUACAUGAUAAAAAAAUCCAAUAAAUUAUCAUUCAAUGGUGAUAAAUGUGUUACAUCUUAGUUAGUGAGAUGAAAGUGGAAUGGUAGUAUGGUUGGAAGAUGCCAAAUUUUGACCUUU